AUGGCAGAAGAUGUGUCUGGCUUCAUCAGCGAUCGCGGCCUUCAGAACACUACGCUAAUAGGCCAUUCCAUGGGCGCCAAGACUGCCAUGGCAUUGGCUCUACAAUCACCCGACAGCGUAGCGGACAUUGUUGCUGUUGACAAUGCCCCUGUGGAUGCGCUUCUGGGCUCGGAUUUCUCAUCUUACAUCCGUGCUAUGAAGAAGGUUGACCAGGCCCACGUCACAAAAUUAGCUGAAGCAGACAAGAUACUACAAGCAGUCGAAAAGUCGCUUCCAAUCCGGCAAUUUCUACUAGGAAAUCUUCAUCGUGAACCUGGUAAAAACUGUCAGACGUUCAGGAUCCCGCUUGAUACCUUGGGUGCUGCCUUGGGCCACCUUGGCGAUUUCCCCUUCAAGGACCCAGGCCAGGUUCGCUUUGAAAAGCCGGCCCUUUUUGUGCGUGGUACAAAGAGCAAAUACGUACCGGACGAGGUGCUCCCCGCAGUGGGACAGCUGUUUCCCAAAUUCCGUCUGGUUGACAUUGAUGCCGGUCACUGGGUUAUUUCGGAACAGCCAGAGGAGUUCAGAAGAGCGGUCGUGGAAUUUCUGCAGAGACACGACUAA